UCAUCCUUCUUUGCUCGCUCUCUACACGCAUCAAAACCGCCUUUUCAAGCCUUCCUCUCUCCCUCUCUUCCUUCCCUCUCAUAUGGUUUCUUCUCUUAGGGUUAGGGUUUCUUAGUUGCGUCUACUUUGAAAUUUCAAAAGACAAAUGCUGCGGAUAAUUUCUUAUUUUCCUUUCAAAUUUAUUAAUAUUUCCUUCGAAGAACAUUCUAGGUCAAGCAUGGCUUGAUUCCGCUCUUCUGUGGUUUAUCUAUUUGCUCCACAGGGUGGCAGUUCCGGAAUGGAAAUGUAUAGUGUUUCUGGACAUGGAAAUGCAGAAAACUAUUUGAUUCAAGGUACUGAGAUAAACCCUAUUCUGACAAGUCCACUUCUUGAACAAGUCGAAGCUAUGUACAACGAAGGGUCCCCUGAGUUUUUUGUGGAUCAGGGCUUGUAUUAUCCUACUGCCACCAAUUAUGGAUACUACUGUACAGGAUCUGAAUCACCCGGUGAAUGGGAGGACCACCAUAGGAUUUUUGGUGCAGAUGGUCCAGAAAUUCAGUAUGCGGGUGCACAAACUGAAAGUUUACCUUAUGUAUAUUAUACCCUUAGCUAUGGAUAUGGACAGUCUCCUUAUAACCCAUACAAUCCUUACAUACCUGGUGCCAUGAUAGGCGUUGAUGGCCCAUAUGUAGGAGCACAACAGUAUUACGCAAUGCCCCCUUAUAAAGACACUGUAUGUUCACCUGGUUAUGUCCCUGUUGUUGUUCAACCAGAUUUUGUCCCAAACAAUUCGACAAACGCAAACCCCUUGUUAGAUGCAGCUGGAUUAGCAUUUACCAAUAGACCUGAUGGAAGAAGUUUAAAACACGGUCUCGCUUCAUCAUCUGCAGCCUUUCCCAAACACCAAACAAAACCCACAUCAAAUCAGACUAAUACCAUGCCCAAGAUAUCAGAAGGGCCAAGAUCUAAUGCUAUACCUAGCAAGCAGUCUCUAACACAAGGGAGUGUUUCCUUUGGUAGUUUUCCUACUUCAGCUUCAGUGCACAUGCUUCAGGGUAGAGGUGCUUCUGGAUCAAUUCAACCUGUUGAUAACUUUUCCUGUGGGAAAGUUCUGCCUCAUUCUAACCAAUUAAAAGUUGCUGUCCCUGUCAAUAAUGGUUUUUCUGAUUUUGGAUCAAGUGCACCUGGACAGGCUGUAGUGGCUAAGCUUCGAUCUAAUACUCAUGCUGGUAGAACUCUCAAUGAUUUAAAUGGAGGCCCAGAUGCUCUGAGUGAGCAGAAUCGUGGACCUAGAACAAACAAAUCAAGGAAUCACUUCGCUGUUAAAGCUUACACAACAAAAGUGGGAGAUAAUAAUGCUCAAGGAAACAUUAUAAUAUACACUGAUCAGUAUAACAAGGAUGAAUUCCCUGUUGACUAUAUUGAUGCAAAAUUUUUUGUAAUAAAGUCUUAUAGUGAGGAUGAUGUCCACAAGAGCAUCAAAUAUAGUGUUUGGUCAUCCACACCCCAUGGGAACAAGAAGCUACAAAGUGCCUAUGAGGAUACUCAAAAAAUAGCUGCAGGAAAACCUAGAGCAUUCCCUAUCUUCUUGUUCUUUUCUGUAAAUGCGAGUGGUCAAUUCUGUGGGGUUGCUGAGAUGAUUGGCCCAGUUGACUUUCUAAAGGAUAUGGAUUUUUGGCAGCAAGAUAAAUGGAGCGGUAGCUUUCCUGUCAAGUGGCAUAUUAUUAAAGACGUACCAAAUUCCAGCUUUAGACAUAUUAUGUUAGAGAACAAUGAGAAUAAGCCAGUGACUAAUAGCAGAGACACUCAAGAGAUAAUGUAUAAGCAAGGUGUGGAGAUACUGAAAAUAUUCAAAAGCCACAUAUCAAAGACCUCAUUAAUUGAUGACUUCAUGUACUAUGAGAAUCGUCAGAGAAUUAUGCAGGAAGAGAAAGCUAGGCUUAUAUUUAAAAGCUUUGAAACUCCAUUCUUAGUACCUGCAUCAGAUCCUGCUCACAAGUUGGAUUGUCUUGUUGAGUUAGCUCCAAAGAAAGAUGAGAAAACUAUGGAGCAGAAUAGUACUAACUGCAUGAAGAAAACUGAGGCCCCUAGCACCGAACAGGUUUCUUCAAAUUCUGAUGCUGCUGAUACCAGUGUUGAGAGUGAAAUUUCUGGGCAAACAAUAGUAAAAUCGGGAAGUGAUAUUGCAUCUGUUUUAAAGAUUGGUUCGCUUAGUAUUAAACCCAAGCACGAUGAGCCUAAACCCUCCUCAGAUGUCGCAACUUGUGUUUCUAGUUCUGAUCCUGUUGGUGUUGUUACAGUAGGAUCAAUGUCUGUCAAAGUUAAUGGAUUUGCUGAAUCUUCUGGUAUUCUAAGAGUUGGUAGUAUCCCACUUGAUCCUAGGGCGCUACAGCUUUGAAAAGGCGAUGCUAUUGCUAAUCAUCGGUCUUAGUAUGAAUCACGUGAAAGGUUUAUCAUUAGCUGGGAUCUCAUUGUGUUUGAGCAUGUUCUAAAUUGUAGUUUUUGCAUGAUAAACCUGAGCAUUUCAAUUUGGAUUUAGGCCACAGAAGUUAGAAAUUUUGAAUUUCUUGUUUUUCUUAAAUUAUUGUGAUUUUUUUAACCCCCCUUGUAUGAUUCACAGGAUGCAAUUAUUUUGAUGAACUUGUGUUGAUCUCUUGGAUUUAAUUUGGGGGUUUUGUUAUUGCUACAAAAGUGCUAAUGCAAUGUAAUCAUUUUUCCUUUCAGCAUUUUAUUAAAGAUCAAAGGAUGAUUCUGUCA